AUGGUCAUUGACGAAGGUAGUUUCCAUUCAACAAGAGCGUUGGUGCUCUUCGGUUCUUUCGCUUGGACAAUCUUCAUCGAUUCUAAUGCGCUUCCCGCAGCGCCGGGAUAUAUUAAUGGUCAGCAGGGCGCAGGGCGUGCACGACGACAGCGAUUCGUCCCGUAUGUUGCGGAUGAUCGAUACCGUAGUCUAAACAGGACAGGCCCGAGGGCAUACGGAUUAGCAAUAGAAAGGCGGCUGAGAAGAUCGCGCGGAUUGAUUGAAGAGACCGGGCAGAGAACUCAAGACAGGCACAUAAAUCAAGAAUCUGCGAUGGAAUUCGAAUCAGAUAUCUUCCAAAUGCAAGUCAUACCUUUCCUAAAACAGGCAGCGUUCACGUAA